GCGGGCACCGAGUCGUCUGGCAAGACUGCGGGCACCGAGUCAUCUGGCAAGACUGCGGGCACCGAGUCGUCUGGCGGAACAGCGGGCAUCGAGUCAACUGGCGGAACAGCGGGCACUGAGUCGUCUGGCAAGACUGCGGGCACCGAGUCGUCUGGCAAGACUGCGGGCACCGAGUCGUCUGGCAAGACUGCGGGCACCGAGUCGUCUGGCAAGACUGCGGCACCGAGUCGUCUGGCAAGACUGUGGGCACCGAGUCGUCUGGCAUUGGAUCGUCUGGCUCGACAGCGGGCAUCGGGUCACCAGGCAUCAGGUCAUUUGGCUUGCCAGCGGGCACCGCGUCAUCUGGCAAGGCAGUGGGCACCGAGUCACCAGGUACGACAGCGGGCUCUGAGUCAAUUGGCACGACAGCGGGCACCGGAUCAGGUACCGGAUCAUCUGGAUUGCAACAGCGGGCAUCGAGUCAACUGG